AGGGAAUCGCCGUGGGAAACGGUCUCUCAUCCUACGAGAUCAACGACAACUCCCUGGUUUACUUCGCCUAUUACCACGGGCUGCUGGGGACCGAGCUGUGGAGGGACUUGCAGGCCUUCUGCUGCUCCCAGGGAAAGUGCAAUUUCCACGACAACUCCAACCUCAACUGCACACUCAAGAUGGAGGAGAUGAUUCAGAUCGUGGAGGAGUCCGGCCUCAACAUCUACAACCUCUACGCCCCUUGCGAGGGCGGCGUCCCUGGGAGCAUGAGGUAUGAGGGUGAUUAUCUCAUCACACACGAUCUGGGCAACUCCUUCAUCCGGAUGCCGAUGAGGUUCUCCUGGCGGCAGAACCUGUUCCGGAUGCCAGUAGCCCGGAAGAAGGUCCGGAUGGACCCUCCCUGCACCAACUCCACAGCCCCCAGCACGUAUCUGAACUCCCCGGAGGUGAGGAAGGCUCUCCACAUCUCCCCCGAUGCCCCGGAGUGGCAGGGGUGCAGCUUCGAGGUGAACCGCAGCUACAAGCGCCUGUACAUGCAGAUGAACGACCAGUACCUGAAGCUGCUCGGAGCCACGAAAUACCGGGUCCUGGUGUACAAUGGGGACGUCGACAUGGCCUGCAACUUCCUCGGGGACGAGUGGUUUGUGGACUCCCUGUGCCAGAAG